GCCAUUCGCCCCAACUGCUCUUUACUGCGAAAGGCGUAUUUAACACACAUCAGCAGUGUCCUCACUCACUGCGUCCUUUCGCUUUCAGAAUCCUUCAAAGCCACCGUCGCCAAAUUGCUCACAUGUCGGGGAAGCCCUCUGACCAUACCGGCCAAGACCCCUCGGCCCCUACACAACCUGAGGGAUCGGCGUCCAGAGACAGUAAUGACGCGGGUUCCGGGCCUAGCGAUUUGGCUGAAGAUAAUAGCAGAUCCGGUAGCGAUGAGGCCACGCACACUGAAAAUCACACCCCAGUUCCCGCAGAGGACCAGCCAAACCCCAUCGGUCUGGGCACUCCGAAUACAUACACAGGAUAUCCAGGGGCCAGCUUGAAUGGGUUCACACCAUACCCAGUCGACCAGGCCCCGCCCCCGAGGGCCGGGGAGUGGGUCGAUGAACAUGGAGUGAACGGGUUCCCGGCACACCCCGUAGACCAAAUCCUCAUUGAUGCCAGCGACGACCAACGUUCCUAGUUUGUUCUACUCUUCAUGUUGUUUGCAAUUAGCAUUCUGCCACGGCUUUAUCG